AAAUCACCUUGUUUUUUCAAAGUUUUGCUUUAUAGAUUCAUGUUAUGAUGGUGACAAAAUUAGCUUAGUUUCCAACUUGGUUAAGGAACUGCGUAGAUAACUGAUCAUUAAUUAUGUUUCAAGUAUUGAGAGCAACUCUAGCUCAAUAGAAAUUCUAAGGUGAAAAUGUCUGUUGCUCUGUCAAUGACAAACUCAACAGAGCCAAUGCUUCAUUCUGCAUCCAAUAUUCCCCUUUCCUCGUGCACAGAUGCAACCGUGAAUGUUGAAGCACAGAAUGGUAGUUUAGAUGAAGCUUGUAAUAUUGAAUCUACAAAUAUUCAAUCUGUUGAACCAAUCAAUGAAGAAAAUAAGGUUUCUCGUAAAAAACUAAGCCGCGGCAAAUCCCUGAACCAUGAUGAGAUGUGCGAUAAACAAGAACUUGUUCAUGAUGAAUCAGUGUUUCCAUCUCCAUUUGUCAUUACCCAGGAAGAAAUUCAAGCACUGAAUGUCUUGAUUCGAUGGGAGUGGACGUGCAUGAGUUCCUCGUUAAAGCUCUGCAGGGAAAUUCCCGUGAUCGUAGCAUCUUGUUGAAGCUCGAACAUGACAUGGUUCAAUUUGUCAGCAAUUCAGAGAUUGCAUUUAUGAAAUUUCCGGAAAUGACAUCCUACCAUAGAAUGUUAGUACAUAGAGUUGCUGCAUAUUUUGGUUUGGAUCAUAAUAUUGAUGCAAAAGGGAAAUCUGUGAUCAUCAACAAAACAGCGUACACAAGAAUGCCUGAGAAGAAGUUUAGUGACUAUUCAUAUCACGGUGAAAUAUGUAGCUCACGUGAUGAAGAUAUGAGACGCAGAUCGAUAUUGAAAAGGAUGAAAAAUUGUCAAAGUUUUGAACAUUUCAAGUCUGAGCCCCAUAAAAGUUGGAAGAUGAUGAAGCAACGAUCGUUUGAAGAGAGAGAAGUUAAUUAUGAGAAAAUACGUGCAAGAAUUUUCAAUGAGGCUGAGCAACUAAACGAUGGUCUUGAUAAAUCACAAGUUGGGGAUUUAUGGAGCAGAAAGCAAUGGGAUGGAACAGAACAAAGUUCUUCAAGAGAUAACAGUUCCUCUCCACUGCCUCCUAGUGAUGAUACACCUUCAAAUCUGCGACCAAAACCUGGAAUCACAGUUUUAUCCCGUCGGCAUAAUCCAGAAUUUAAUGGUAGCACCAGUCCUUCCAGCAGUACCUCUUCUACUAACCAGUUUGUAGCAAAUGAAAGUUCAAACGAGCAUUUGAAUGGUGGCACACAUGUCCCGUCUUACCAAGGAGCUCCGUAUGUAACUGUUGAUGGCCAACCCCUUUUGUACCCAUCUAAACCCCUCAUGGUCCCUACAUACCCCACACCACCCUUCCCCGUGCAGAUGGGCUACCAACCCCUUCACAGACCCAACAAAUUCUACUCCACCCAUUACCCAGCCCAUAGGCCUCCAUAUGCCAACAAUCACUGUUUCAUGCGACAAGAUUCCAGAGAAAGCUUAAUGUCUCACCCACGUAAUGGUUACUCUAAUGUACCACAAAUGACUGAAACAAGUGAAGGAAAUUACCCCCAGCCCCAGUACUACCCCCCUACCUACCAACCUGCUCCAGUUCAACUGGUAUAUUACCCCAACCCUGUACAGGUGGUUCCAGUUGGUAAAAACAAUCAACUUACAUUGAGUGAAGAUGACAAAGAAAAUAUUAAUUCUAAAAUGGAUGAAUUGAAUAUUUCUGAUACACAAACUCAAGUGGUUUCUGAUGAAUCAAAUCUGUCUCAAACAAAUGAAGCUUCUGAGAAUAAUGAAGCAUCUAAUAAUGUAAAUAAACGUUCACUCAAUCAGAAUGGUUAUACAAAUGAGGUUGGUCUUGAUGUUAAAGUGCUCAAUAUAUCAGAGGCCAUUACAGUGAUGCCAGAUAACGGUGUUGCCGAUCUACAAAAUACGAAGAGUAUUGUAGAAACAGAUGAAGUAGCGAAUAUAAGCACAGUAGCCACAACACCAGCUAACGUAGUUUCCACAAUUCAUGCUGGACCCGGUAGUAUCACAUACUACACCCCCAACACCAUCACCGCCUCAAUUAACACAUCACAUCCCCAACCUGGGGUGGUGGGGCCACCAGUAAUUCCCCCCGCAAACCCACACCUGGGUUUUGGAAAUUCUACCCCAAGCACUGACAUGAAUGCUCAGGCACGCAUGCCGGCUUACUAUAUACCAGGUUACCCCAACAACCCAAUGUUUAACUACAACCCACCACCUCCACAAACAGUUUAUUAUGUGAUGGGUCCUAAUGGUUUGCAACCUUAUCAGGUUGUACCAAACCAACCACCAAUGCACUACAACAACAUUUUUUACCCUCCUACCUGUCUUUACAAUCAUGACACUGCCCAACAACUAAGCCACUCAUCAAGUGCACAUAACUAUGUUUAUAAUGGUGAACCAGCACAGGGCGGCCAGAUACCAAUAUUUCCCAACGGAAACAUGAAUGAAGAAAUGUUUACUGAAGAGUGCCACCCAGUGUUGGUAGGGGGAGAUAACAUUGUAUUAACAUCACCUAUGUUAAACGUGUUUGCUGCAAAAUAUAAUUCCAAAAUCGCCCAGCUACAACUGAAUGAAGAAUCAGAUAAUUCUAUUUACCUUGUUUUCCAAUCCACUGAUGACAUGAAUCGAGCAUUGGAAGAUCACAAGUCUGGGAACGAGAAAUUUUCACUUUCCGAGAUUGCUAACAUGGAUGAGAGGAAUGAAGUCAUCUUACAGAUCAGAACUGUGCAAUAAUCUAUCUCCAAGUGGUUUGACAAUGAUGGGUGUACGAUGUAACAGAUACUUUACAGUUAUCAUGGCUCAAACUGUUCAUUCAACUUUUUGUUUACCUCCAUUCUGACAAAUUAAAUAAAGAAGGCCUUACAAUGCUAAAUUUUUCAUGAUGUAUCACUGCUGUGUAUUUAUUUCUCACAAGUUUUUAUGUUGCACAGCUGUUGCAUUUUACAUGUUUUCCUUAACCCUGCAAUCAUGAUUUUUACCCCCGUCACUAAACAAACUUUACACUUAUAAUCAUGCUGAGUAAAAAAGACCUAAUUUUCAGCACUGGUUUGUUGUAUCUGAAGCCUCUAGCUAUAUAGAGUAUCGCCUAUAUCUUCGUUCGACUUACCAUGUAUUAGGCAAACAGUUUAAUGUUGCUGUUCCACUGAUUCAGUAUCAUUUAUAAACUAAAAAAUAGCCAAUCACGCACUGUGGUAUGAAUGUACCCACAAUGUAGGUGUGUCCUAUCAAGAGUAAAAGCUAUUUUCUCCUGUUUAUAGACAAUCUUGUGUUUGUACGCUUGUUACUGUCGAAGCUGUCCCAUGUUACUCUCAAGGCUACAUGUGAAGGUUGAAUAACUUGAAAUUCUGUUCCAUCCUUUUUUACGAUUUUUUUUAUUUUUACUAAAACUUAGAAUUUUUUUAAAAAAUUGUUCUUGUUCAUACUCUCCAAACAAAGUAGUUAAUGGUAUGUAGCCCAGACUCGUUGCCUAAUCCUCUCUGUGGUGCUGAUGUAAACUCGUGCAUGUCUGUUGCAAGUUCACCCCCUUUUCUUCACAUUUUUCACCAGAUAUGGGAAUCCUGCCUCUUACACACACACAUAGGACAUUGAAUUAUACUAAGUUAAACGUCACACCAUUGCCAUGUACAUGUGAUACGUAAGUUUUUGGUUUACUUUAAUGGUGCCUGAUCAGUUAAUUCCACUGCUAAUAGCUUUUUUAGUAGCCCUGUUUUUUCAGCUUUUCUGUAUUUUACUUUUAUGUCGAUGUAAGAAGAAAUAUCGGAAAAUAAAUUGUUCUUUUGUGCUCCCAA